AUGAUACCCACUACCACCAAACCCUUCUCCGCGCUCGCGGCCAAGCUCCGUCACGGCAACGACAAGGUCGAGGACAGGAAGGCGAAGACGACGGUGCGCGAUGGUCUGCUGGCGAUCGCGCUUCCGACGCUCGCGCUCGGCGAUCCACGCGCGGCGCGGCCCGAGAGCUGGCGCCAACCGUGGCCGUACGCGUUCCGUCCGGGGGAUAAAGUUUGGGCGUACACCUUCGGCGCCGUGUGGAGGCGCGGGACGGUCGUCGGCGACGGCGCCGUCGUCCGGCGCGAGUACGACGACGGGUUCGCGGGCGAGGUGAGGGGCAGCUGGCGCGCCGCGUUCCACGUCGAUCGUCUGCCCUGGGACGGCAAACAGCACAAGCUGCGGCUGAGACCGAAGCGGCAGGAGAAGGAGCAGACGAAGACGAAGGCGAAGCGCGAGCUGGCGUAUUACACCGUCGAGUGGCGCGACCGGGACGGCGUCGCGCUCCGCGCCGAGUUCGCGCCCGCGCUCGGGACGCUCAAGCCGGACGACGCGCACACGCGCGAUCUGCUCGCGCAGGCGCACCUCUGGGUCGACUGGGCGCAGGCCGAGGCGGAGGAUCAAGCCGAAGCCGAAGCCAAGGUCGAGGAAGAGCCUGAGCCUGAAGAAGAGAUCCCGUUGACGCUUGGGCGGGAGGCGUGUCUGGCUCACCCCGUGCGCGCGCGCCAGCCUUGGCCUUAUAUCUUCUCCGUCGGACAGGUCGCCUGGGCAUCCAAGCAUCAAGGGUCGUGGCACCCGGCCGUAAUUGAAGAAACUCUUCUCGAGCGUCUCCCGCACUGCGACGCCCCCUGCCUCGUCUACAUCGCGAGCUGGACCGUCCACGGCGAGACGCUCCGAGACGUAUUCGCCCCGACGCUCGGCGAGCUCAAGCCCGACACGGACCACGUCCGCGCGCUGCUCGCGGCGGAAGACGCUACCGUGUCGCACACCGACCAGCCGCCGUGCGCCGUCCCCGCUUCGAGCGGAUGCUGCCCGUCCUGCCGCCUUUCCAAACUGUGGGAGAUCGCGAAGGCGAUCGGCGCGGAGAAGCACUUCGAGGAGAUCGUGACGGUGCGGCCUGUGCCGAGAAGAAGGGAUACGGGCACGUCUGACGUUACGGUCUUGUCCGAUGCGGAGACGGUCGUCGGCGAUGACGAGGAGGACGGCGGCGACGCGUGCGGCGAGCUGCCAACUGUGAGGGUGGCUGUCAGACCUGUACCCCGACGAUUGCGCUCGGGUUCGUCGACGGACUCGGAGGCGACCGUUGUGGACUCCGCGGACGAAGAUGAGGAAGAUGAACACCGCCGUCACUACCGGAAGCAGCCGUUCUGA